AUGAGACAAGAAUCAAUUGAUUAUGUUCCACCUGAAAUGUCAACUGAUCAUCAUGAUUCAGAUAAUGAACACGAAGAAAAUGCCGGUGAACAAGUACAUUAUGUUGAAAAACAUGUUGAAUUUACAGAUGAUUUAAAUAAUGAUGAAGAAAAUACGAGAGAUCAUCAACAUCAACAAAAACUUCAUCGACGUGAUACACCACAUCAUUUAAAAAAUAAACGUAUUAUUAAUAAAAAUAAUGAUUCAAUUUCAUUUGAUCAAAUUAUGUCACAUAGUUCAACAAAAUCAUCAUUAACAAGUCCAGGAAAAGAAUCGAGAUCAUCAUCUAUUCAAACAAAUACUCGUCCGAUGACACUUCAUCAAGAACAAUUAACACUUAUUAUUCGUCGUUCACCUAAUACUGGUCUUGGUAUUAGUAUAGCUGGUGGUAUUGGUUCAACACCUUUUAAAGAUAAUGAUCAUGGAAUAUUUUUAACAAAAAUUAAUGAAGAAGGACCAGCAGCUCAAGCUGGUUUACUUGUUGGUGAUAAACUUUUAUCUGUUAAUGGAAUAUCAUUAAUAAAUUGUGACCAUAGUGACGCUGUAUCUGCUUUAAAAAAAGCCGGUGAUAAUAUUGAAAUGAUUGUUAUACGUGAAAUUUUACAAUCAUCUGAUGAUUAUAAUGAAAAUAAUUUAAUAAAAGAAGGUGAAAAAUUUUCAACAAUUAUUCAACGUGAUGAAAAACAAGGUGGACAUUUUGGUUUUUCAAUUGCUGGUGGAAAUCAAACACCAACAAUAAAUACAAAUGAAAAUUUAUAUAUAUCAAAAAUUAAUAAUCAAGAUAAAAGUUUAUCAUUAGCUGUUGGUGAUCGUCUUUUAUCUAUAAAUGGUUAUGAUGCAGGAAAUAUAACUCAUGAUCAAGCUAUUGAUAUUAUUAAUAAUGGUGGUAAUAAUAUUGAAUUAGUUCUCUAUCGAGAAAAAUUUACUAAUGGAAAUCAAAAUAUAACUACAACAACAACAGCAAAUAUUGAUAAUAUAAUUGAAGAAGCACGUGUUACUAAAGGUAAUGGUCCAAUGGGUUUAAGUAUUGUUGGAGGUAUUGAUCAAGCAUGUCCACCAUUUGGAAUGAAACAACGUGGUGUAUUUGUUUCUAAAAUUCUUCCAAAUGGUUCAGCUUCUCGUACAAAUCUUCGUAUUGGUGAUCGAAUAUUAAAAGUAAAUAAUCGUGAUGUAUCACAAGCAACACAUUUAGAAGCUGUAGAAGCACUUUUACAACCAACUAGUGAAGUUGUUUUACUUGUACAUCAUGAUCCACAACCAUCAGGAUUAAAAGAAGUAACAUUAACAAGACAAGCAGGUGAACCACUUGGUAUUAGAAUCAAUGGUGGUGUUGAAGGAAAACGUGUCAAUCCAGAUGAUCCAGAAGAUGAUGGAAUAUUUGUUACUGAAGUAAAAGAUGGUAGUCCAGCAUCUGGUAUUCUUUCUAUUGGUACACGAAUUCUUGAGGUUAAUAAUCAAAGUUUAUUUGGUGCUCGAUUAGAUGAUGCUCAAAAAUGGCUUAGUAUACCAACUGAAACAAUUAAUUUGUUAAUUUGUCAUGGAUUUAAACUUAAAGAAACAAAUACUAUAAUUAGUCCAACGAAAUCAUCAAAACAAAUCGAUGCUAAUCGAUCAUCAUUAACACAACAAUCUAGUUCACCAAUACCACCAAUAAGACAUAAUGGUAUAUUAUCAUCUCAUAAUGUUUCACAUUCGCCAAAAAUAACAAGUCCUGUUUAUACAAAUACUAAACAACAACAAUCACCUCAACCACCGCCUGUUCCUGUUAAACCAAAAUAUCGAACACCAAGUACACAAUUUGUGCCAAUUAAUGGAGAUAAUCAUAAACAAUCAAAAAUACAAUCACAAAAUGGUUUUGAAGUUGAUGAAUCUGAUUUUUCAGUAACAGAAUCAGAACGAUCAUUUAAAGAUAAGAAAAAAUUUUUUGAAAGUGGAUUCAAAGAUUCUGGACCUAAACCAAAACCUCGACAAUUUAAAUAUAUUAAUGAACAUGAAUUAUUACAAAUGAAACAAGAAGAAGAACAAAAAAUCAAAUCGAUGAGUCCAACUGAAUUACUUCAAUCUCGAACACUCUAUACUGGUGAUGUAAAUGAUUCUGAACUUAUGCAAACAACAUUAUCUCAAUAUCAAACACCAAAUUAUCUUGCUAAACCAGAAGAAGAUCAAACAGAUGAUGAUAUUAUUCAACAACAAUCACGAAAAUUACCAUCGACUGCAAGAAUGCAUUCACUCGAACAAGAUAAUGCUACUGCUCGUACAAUGAUGUCGAAAGUGACUAUCGAUUCUGCUAUAAAUUAA